GCGCCGAGGGAAGCCCCCGGGGUCCCCAGGGGUCCCCGUGGGCGGGAGCACGAGUGCGCGGGCGGCCGGGCAGGCCCGCCAGGUGCAUGUCCAGGCCACACUCAACUCAACUGUACCAACAUGUGCCGGAGACACGCUGGCCCAUUGUGUACUCACCGCGCUACAACAUAACCUUCAUGGGCCUGGAGAAGCUGCACCCCUUUGACGCGGGAAAAUGGGGCAAAGUGAUCAGCUUCCUGAAAGAAGAGAACCUUCUGUCAGACAGCAUGCUGGUGGAGGCGCGGGAGGCCUCGGACGAGGACCUGCUGGUGGUGCACACGAGACGCUAUCUCAACGAGCUGAAGUGGUCCUUUGCUGUUGCAACCAUCACAGAAAUCCCGCCUGUCAUCUUCCUCCCCAACUUCCUUGUGCAGAGGAAGGUGCUGAAGCCCCUUCGGACCCAGACAGGAGGAACCAUCAUGGCAGGGAAGCUGGCCGUGGAGCGAGGCUGGGCCAUCAAUGUGGGCGGCGGCUUCCAUCACUGCUCCAGCGACCGGGGUGGGGGCUUCUGCGCCUAUGCAGACAUCACGCUCGCCAUCAAGUUUCUGUUUGAGCGAAUGGAGGGCAUCUCCAGAGCCACCAUCGUUGAUCUCGAUGCCCAUCAGGGCAACGGGCAUGAACGGGACUUCAUGGAUGACAAGCGUGUGUACAUCAUGGACGUCUACAACCGCCACAUCUACCCCGGGGACCGCUUUGCCAAGCAGGCUAUCAGGCGGAAGGUGGAGCUGGAGUGGGGCACGGAGGAUGAUGAGUACCUGGAUAAAGUGGAGAGGAGCCUCAAGAAAGCCCUCCAGGAGCACCCCCCCGACGUGGUGGUGUACAACGCAGGCACCGACGUCCUUGAGGGUGACCGCCUUGGGGGGCUCUCCAUCAGCCCACAGGGCAUCGUGAAGCGGGAUGAACUGGUGUUCCGGAUGGUCCGAGGCCGCCAGGUGCCCAUCCUCAUGGUGACCUCUGGCGGGUACCAGAAGCGCACGGCCCGCAUCAUUGCUGACUCUAUCCUUAAUUUGUAUGGCUUGGGGCUCAUCGGUCCAGAGCCACCCAGCGUCUCAGCACAGAACUCAGACACCCCUCUGCUGCCCCCUGAGGUGCCCUGACCGCGCUACCCUUCUGAGCGACUCCCUGCCUGCCUGCUGCCCCACCCGGCCCUCAGUGCUUCUCCUUUCUAACGUUGUGAGGCAGUGGGGGCAGUCCCCAGGGGCACUGAGGACCGCUCCUCCGCUCUCCCGACUGGGUGUCGCGGGGUCUCCAGGCUAUCUGGGCAGGGGCAGAAGGCAGAGCCCGAGACCCAGGAAGACCCCAUACGGGGUCGUGGGUCUGACCAGGCCUUGUGGAGGCAGGCAGUUCGCUGAGGAGGAGGAGGGCAGGUGAGGCUCCCAGGGCUGCAGUGAGGGCCCCCAGGGGUUGGGGUGUUCUGGUUUUCAAAAAAAGCCGGACUCAUUUCAGACUGAGGAAGUUUCCAUCUGUACUGUGGUUGGGCCUCUCUCCCUCCUCUUCAGUUGUGUGAUUUGUUCCCCCCUCUCCUCCUCGCCUCAGACAGGGCAGGAGGAGCUAUGGGUGCCCAUUUGGGUGGGCCUGAGAGCUGGGUGCUGGAGCCAGGCUUCUGGGGGGCCCUGGAUGUGAAGGGUGGCAGGGAAGGGGGUGCAGGUGGGUUUUCCUGUCUGGUGUUCCCCUUCGAUAAAGCAAGGGCUGGACCCGCCUUCCUAGAGUCCCUCAGUGGUGAUGAGGGGAGGGGAGGCCUGAGGAGCCCAGGGCCCUGCUUCAGCAGUGGUCUCAGCUGUUCAGGGAGAGGGGGCCAGGUUUGGGGGAAGAACGCUUGGCUCAGGGAUGGGCCUCAGCAGACUCGAGGGGGCUGCUGACCCCGGUGGGGAGGGGGCCGAGGAAGGUGAGGCCCAGAUGGGGAAAUCGGGGAUGGGGCAGGUGGCCAAGCCAGGUCCUGCAGGAACUGAGACCCCAGGUAGGGACCAAGGUUCCGGGAGGCCAGGCUGGAGUUCCUGGAGAGAGGGCAGGGGUCUCCAUCCUGGCCUGCAGGUUGUGAGAAGAGGGGUCUGGGGCAGGGCCCAGGUGGGGCUGUAGCCUCCACUGGCUUCACUCAAAGCGCCCAGGCCCUGGUAGCACGCCGUGUCCGGGUCCACGUGGGCCCUGACCUUGUCCUUAGCUCUACUCUGAAGGGGAUGCUCAGGGUCCCCGGGAAGCCGGGUGGGGGGAGCGUCCACCCUCCAUUGCCUGGGUGUGAUCUUAGACAGUCGCCAAAGGCGAGGGUGGGGAGGGAAAGUAGGCCAGCUAGGGCGUCCCCAUCCCUGGUCAGCCCCACCUAUGGGACUUGUGUUCAGUACUGUCUGGGGGUGCUCCUGCUUCCUCCCACGUCUCCUCACUCUCCCUCACCGCUCCAUCUGCUGAGGGGUGGGGAAGGGUGCCAAGACCACAAACUCAAAACUGCUGACCUCCUGGACAGACCCGAGGCGCUAACCACAAGCUCAGACCCCCUCACCCGCUGCCCUUGCCGUUGGUCUCUCCGUAUCUGACUUGAGGUACCUAACGUCCCUUCAUCUCCAGCGCGGGCUGUGACGUCUGGGGCGGGCAGUGGAUGGAGCUCAUCACAGGGAGCUUCUGUUCGUAGAGAACAAUAAAGUCUC